AAUUUUAAAAUUGGUUUCAGUGGACCUAACGAUCAUGUUUUUGUGAACUUUGUCGAUCACGGUGGGCCUGGUGUCCUGCUCAUGCCAGAGGAAGAGAUUACAGCUAUGGAAGUGAUUGCUGCCUUAAAGAGUAUGGCUGAUAAGUCACGUUUUGCCAAAAUGUUUUUUUACGUAGAAGCUUGUGAGUCUGGAUCUAUAUUUGAUAAUCUGCUGCCAGAUAAUUUAAACAUUUUUGUGAUGACGGCUGCAGAUCCACACGAAUCAUCAUAUGCUUGUUUCUAUGACGAAACGCUCCAAACUUACCUCGGAGAUGUUUUUAGUGUUAAAUGGAUGCAAGACUCAGAAACCGAGGACUUAAGGCAGGAAAGCGUAAAUCAUCAAUUUCAAAAAGUCCGAACCGAAACUAACACAAGUCAUGUUGAGGAGUAUGGAGAUAUAGACAUUGGAAACACCAAAAUGAAUGAAGUGAUUGGGUACAAGGAAACACCCUUGGAUCGGUACACUUUAAAAUACGAUGAUGCUGUCCCAGCACAUCAUGUUCCAGUUGCCAUACUUGGUCAACGUAUUAAACAAGCAAAAGAUAAAACAGAAAAAACUAAACUGCGCCGCAUUUUACACACUGUAAUGGAGGGACGCAGAAUGAUUGAGCAAACCUUCAGCAAACUACUAAGAAGUGUUCUCCCAUUUACUGAAAACCAACAAUUUUUUACUGAAAUUAACAAAAGGCCUGCACUGACAGAACAGAAUGUCAACUGUUUUGACAAAAUUGUCAAUAAGAUUAUAAAAGAAUGCUUCAGUAUCAGUCAGAAUCCUUUUGCUGCCUCUCACUUACAUAAAAUAAUAAACCUGUGCAACAUGGUACCAGAAUCAAAACUUGUAGAAAAAGUACUACAUAUUUGCAGUGGAAAAUCAAGGAUACAGGGUGUUGUGUAGCCAUCUGGCUAUGGUAAUUGUACAAUCCAAGCGAUUUGAACUUCUUUGUGUGUAAUUAACUGUACCAAGAACAAUUCCUAGAAAUAUUUAGGCUGAAGUAUUUUUAAUAUCUUAUAGUAAAUAAUAAGAAUAAUAAUUCAAAGUUUACAUAAGAUGUUUUCAGUUAGCAGAUAAUCAUGUAAGUUUCACCACUUUACAACAUCUGUUGAAAUGUUGUAUAGCAUAUUUAUAUAAAUGUGUACUAUUUUAAUUACUAUAAUAAAUAUCUCAAAAUGAAUAAACGGAAGAUAUGUCCUUAGUUUGGUAUAAAUCAGAUGUUUUAAGUUCAGUAGUUUUUACAGUGAAGGAUUUCAAUAAAAUAACAUGAUUGUGGAAUUAUUUGUUAUGGAUUUUAUGUCUUUUUUGUGAGGGCUUUUCAUUUGAAAUUAUUACAAUAAAGUAACUUUUAAGUAAGUACUUUUAUCUACUUUGAAGAUAAAUCUGUGAACUUAAAUGAUAAAAAAGCUAUAGAAAUCCAACUUUACAAUGUUUUUCUCAUAUACUUAGCUUUGAUUUCUCUUCCUUAACUUGUUUGUUUUAGCUGGGUUUAUUUUUUAUUUCAUCUAAGUACAUAAUGAAAUACCAAACCUCAAAUCAUGUUCCAUUAAAUAAAACAACUAUAGUAAACAAACUUCUAACAGUCAUGUUAUUUUUUUUUAGUUUAGAUGUUAUAAGUGUUAUGUUUUCUUGUAAAUAAAGGAAUUUUUCUAAUCGAAAUAUAACGUUUUACUCAUGAA